GGUUUCUGCUUUGGUGGAAGAUGGCAAUGAUGGUCGUUUUGGCAGCAGUGCUUCUCACUUAUGGAGUCUCUCCAGGAAUUGCAAUGAUGAAGGCUGAUGAAUCUGGUGCUGUAGCUGGGAAAAACAGUGUGCUUCCACUGGACAUGGCUAAAAACUCUGUUGACGACAUGUAUGAUGGGUGCAAACAAGAAAUGACGAAGAUGGUAGCAACAUACCUGGAGAAUGAGAAGAACAAAAACAAAAUCUUCAAAGCGGUCUGGGACAGCUCAGAGAAAAAGAAACAGAUAAAAAAUAAAAUACUAGAUAAAGAUCAGAUUGUAGCUAUUUAUUAUUACAUCUUUGGUGAAGACAAUGCGUAUCUUGAUUUCAACGACAAAGUUCGAACCCAGGGACCUCAGUACAAGACCGAAUUUGGGUAUCACGCACUUCACUUUCUCCUGACUACUGCCAUUCAAGCUUUAAGAGCCUCUAAGGAAGAUAAAUGCCUCACUGUCUACCGUAGAGUCAACGAGUACUUUAGCCAAGAUGUUCAAAACAAAGAGAUUCGCUUUGGCUCUUUCACCUCAGCCUCACAGGGUGAUUACAGCAAAGCUGAGAGGUUCGGAGACAAGUCAUGCUUUAAGAUUAUUACGUGCAUGGGAGCAGAUAUCUCCAACUAUUCUAAAUUUCAGAACGAAAGAGAAGUGCUGAUUCCUCCCUAUGAAGUCUUUAAAGUCGUAAAGAUAGAGAGGUCAACUAUGAAGCAAAAACUUCCAUGUGAGGUGGUCUAUACAGUGAAGCAUACACGCAAUGAUUCCAAGUUGAAUUGUGCUUUUUUUCCUCGGUAAACACUUUCACAUGUUUUACAUACAGUUAACAAAACAUGUAAAAUUUAGGAUGCACCAUUUUAAGUACUGCAAAUGAUGUGUAAUCAAGAUGAAUGUGAAUGUGGAUUUAUUUGUUAACAAUGACGUUUCUCGACAAUCUCAAAUUGAGGUGUAGAUUUUCUACUGUGCAACAAGUGUUUAAGAGAAAUAAACACUAGCUGCAUAAACAUGAACCCUUACAAUUGUGUCAUUGUUAAACUGGAUCUGUAUUAAAAUGUUUAAAUGAAUAACAAGAAUUUAAAUGUUGUAAUACAUUGUAUUAUUACCCAUGUCAUCUGUAUUUAAAUUGGAUGCAUAACCUGUCAUAUAUACAAAGUUACUGUAUGAAAACUGUCUUAAAAAAUAAUUAAACACACUCGUGUUUC